AUGGGCAACGCUGAGAAUUUUCACAAAAGAUUUUGGUAUAAACAAAUUCCUUAAAUUUAACACAACAAAAACCAGCUAACAAUGGAUCUCAAUAUGAAGCCUUCACUAGCUGCUGAUGAGAUGUUUUCAGAGGGCCCUGGCUAUAUGGAAAUGGACGAGUCGGGCGGCGCUACUGGCAUGAUGAUGGAUCAUCUUCCCACCAAUGAUAAACAUGUGCAUGCUGAUUUUUACAAUAAUUUCGAUGAUCUGUUUGACGAUGACAAUUGGGCCAAAGUCAAGCAAACUGGCGACAAUCCCAAACAGUAGAUUAAACUUUGUACGUAAGUCGCCCAAAAGGGGACAAUUACUAUAAGCAAAGGAAUACAUAUGUUGAGUUAAUUUCGUUUAGUUCA